AUGAAGACUUACUCUAUCCUCGGUAACAAAAAGAAAGUUACAAUGGAAAUGAAUCCAACAAGUUUAAAGGUGGUUGGGAACAACUGUGUGGUACGAGUGACAUCGAAUCAAGGCGAAAUUGAAGUUAUAGGCAAUGAUUGUCGUAUCGAUGUGAUUAAUAAUUAUGGUUCUAUUAACUUAGUGGGCAGUGGAGGUGCUGUAACAGUAACCAAACGAUGGAAGGGCGAUAAAGUGUCGUUAGUUGGACCUAACUGCCAUCUAAUGGUAGACGGCAAGGAUAAUACAACACCGACGUAUGAAGCGCAACUCUCACCAUUCAGCAAAGAUUUGGACGAUGUUAUCGAAUCCAUCUUCUCAUUUGUCAUGCGA